AUGAGCUGUCAGACAAUGGAUUCUUUGUCUCUACCACCAAAAUUUUUAGACAUGGAUCUGAAGGUAACUCACAUAGAGUGCCAUCCAAAGGAAGUGCUUGUGACAUUUCAGGGGAAAUAUAAUACGGAAUACGACUUUGAUUACCACAUAUUGCAAAAGGAAAUACAGCAUGUAUCCAAAGUAAAGGACUGUAUUGGCAUUGGCGACUUUUGUUUGGUGGAGGACAUAAAUGGAGAAUGGCAUAGAGGAAGAGUGCUGGAAAAGAGAGGGGAAAUCUAUGAAGUGUUUCUUAUUGACAUUGGAAAAGUGCUAAUAGUUAAUGAAACAAAUGUUUCUUCUGCAUGUAGUGAAUGGUUCCAGCUGCCUCCAAAGGUGAUGUGUGGUGUUUUUGCAAACAUACUUCCAGUUGGGGAAAAAUGGGGUCCAAAAGCUCUAAAUUAUUUUUCUUCUCUAAUAGGAUUACAGAUUAAAGGUCACGUGCAAGCUAUUUUACCAUACCAAUUGUUUCUCCUGGAAGUACCAAAAGUCACUAGUGAUAUUCUUGAACUGCAAUUAGGAAAACUUGUUGAUGGAUAUUCGUUUCGUCUUAUUGUAGAAAUGUUAAAGGAAUUACCCCAAGAGCCCCUUUGCAAACACAUGCCAGAUUUGCUGCAACAGAAGUACACAAGGCCAGAGUCAUCCUCUUUCAGCAAUGCUGAAAAUCUACUAGCAUUUCAGCCAAUUCUGGAUAGAUUUCUGCCUUCUUUAUCUGUUGGCAGUGUAGAGAAGGUAAAAAUAACUGUUGCAAUCAGUCCAAGCAAAUUUUAUUGUCAGAUGCUAAAAUGGCAGAAAUGGCUAGAAGACUUGACCACAACAAUGACUUUGCAUUAUGAAGCUGUCAGUAGGGAAAAUGUUCCAUGUUGUGAUAGUUUUGGAGCUCUCUGUGCUGCAAAAAGACAAAAAGGACAGUGGCACCGGGGAGUGAUACAGCAGCUCCUCUCUGAUGACCAAGUAAAGGUCUGGUUCAUGGAUUUUGGCAACAGUGAAGCUGUGCCUUCCAAUCAUGUUCUAAAACUUCAACCAGAAUUCACUUCCUUACCAAUGAUUUCAUUUCAGUGUGCACUGUCAUGUUUCAGUGAUCAGAGUGAAGCUGUAAAAAGAAAUUCUCAACUAAAAGAAUUUAAACAGGCCUUAUUAGGACAGACUGCUGUGUAUGCCUGCAUUGAUUUGUUCAAUGCCAGUGAAUGUUUGUAUUAUGUUACAUUAUAUAGUCAAGAAUCUGAAGUUAAUACUAAAUAUCCACAACAGGUGAAUGAAGUAAUCCAAGCAUGUUCCCUAGUUUCUAGUACACAUGUCACUAAUAUACUUGGAGACAUCAAAGCUUAUGAAGAGAUCUGUGUUUCAGUUGAAAGUUUGAUUGGAAACACAGAACAAAUGGGAAACUGCUUAAUUGAAAAGGACUCUUCUUUAUCAAUCUAUUGCAAAACAGUAGAAAUGAAAAUAGAUUCCGUUCAUGUUGCUUUUGUUGAAUAUGUGUUGAAUCCAUCAAACUUCUGGAUUCAAACUAAUGACUACAACAAUGAGUUUCAAACCUUGAUGAAAAAUAUUGCAGAUGUGUAUAAUAGCUAUGGAGUUUAUGAUAAGAUUUACUAUCGAGGACUUAUCACUGAAGUGGAAGGUGUAAACAUUAACGUUUAUUUUUUGGAUUUUGGAAAUACAGAUACUGUACCCGCUCAUGAUGUGAAAACUUUGCUUCCAGAGUUUUGUAAAUUACCAGCACUUGCCAUGCAUUGUGCACUUGCUCAUGCAUUUCCCAUUGAGGAUGUAUGGGUUAAAAAAGAAACAGAUUUCUUUAAAAAGGUUGUAUUUGACAAACAGCUCUUGUUUUAUGUCAUUGCAAAGCAAAAUGACAAGUACAUUGUUAAUGCACAAUUUAUGGAUGGCUUGGAACAAAUAGAUGUUGUCACACUUAUGGUUCAGGCUGGAUAUGCUGAGUACUGGGAAGUGCAACUGGAUUCUCUUUUGAACUUUGUGAAAAAUUCUAAAGGCCUAAAUUCAAAAAACAAUAACAAAAAAUUUAUAAAUACACGAGGUACAUACGUUAUACCUAAAAGUAAAGUAUCAGCAACUAGAAAUAUCUGUCACAACAAACAGUUAUUAAACACUUUUUCUGUGGCAAGAGAAUCUCUUGAAUCUUUUCCGAAUUGGGAAAGUACUCUUUCCAGAAAGCAUUAUGUAAUGUCUGGGAGAAAUGACCAUAUGGGCUCUUAUAAAGAGUUAAUGUUCAAACCAGGAGCAGUUCUUGAUGUCAUAUGUUCUCAUAUUAUUUCUCCAUCCCAUUUUUUUUGUCAGUUGCAAAGCAAAUUAUCAGAACUAAUGAAUUUAAUGGCGCAAAUUCAGAUUUAUUAUGAAGUGCAUAGCAAUCCCUAUAAAACUGGCCAGAUUGCCUGUGUUGCAAAGCACUCCAAGGAUGGAAAGUGGUACAGAGCAGCUUUUCUGAAACAAGUAUCCAGAAAGGAAGUUGAUGUGAUAUUUGUAGACUAUGGUAAUCAGGAAAGAGUUUUACUUAAGGAUCUUCAAGCUAUUCUUCCAGUUUUUUUAACUUUAGAAAGUCAAGCUUUUACAUGUAGUCUUAAGAACAUAAAUGAACCCUCACAAUUUUACCCAUUCAUUUGGACUAAAGAGGCGUGUAAGGAUUUUGGAGACUUCAUUUCUGCUUCCAGUGGGCUAUUGACGUGCGUCAUUUAUGCUCUAAUUCUUAUAAGACCUAACUGCUUGUGUAAUUUAGUUGAUUUACAGACUCCAUUUAUUGGUGCACAUCAGUUUCUCAUAGAGCAUGGCCAUGGCCAGUCCCAAUUUUUUGGAUUCACAAAAGCACUUAAACCAUCAGUUUUUCUAUAUAGUUUUUGCUACUCGUCUUUUAAUAUAAAAAUUGGAAGUGAAGAGGAAAUAUAUAUAACACAUGUAUACAGCCCUGCAAAAUUUUAUUGCCAGCUUAAUCGUAACACUGAAAUUAUAGACAAAUUGAUGAAGAAGAUUGCAGAGAUUAGUAACCUACCAAACAGUUCAGAAUAUGACCCGAGCAAAAUACGAUUAUGCAUAGCGAAAUAUUUUGAAGAUGGUCCCUUUUACAGAGCUUUGGCAUCUUCCAUGGGAUCAUCAUCCUAUUUACUAGCCUAUUUUGUGGACUUUGGGAAUAAACAGAUGGUAGUGAGAGACAGACUGAUGCCUAUUCCAGAUCAUGCCACAGAUUUACUAUUGACACCCAUGCAAGCCAUUAAAUGUUAUCUGUCAGAUCUUAGAGAGAGAGAAAUUCCAGUAGGAGUCAAUAAAUGGUUUGAGGAGAAUUUCAUGGGUAAACCAUUGAAGGCAGUAGUAGUAUCCAGAGAGUCAGAUGGCCAGAUUGGUGUGAAACUGUAUGAUGGACAUAUCCAGAUAAAUCAGAAAAUUCUAAAAUUAUUGUCUGAGUAUGGUAAAAAGUACGCAGAGGAAUUUGAGCACAUGAAAAGUUGUACAGAGCAGUCUGCUGAAAGUAGUAGGGAGGUACACAAAGUGCAACUGGAUGAAGGUAAUAAAACAAAAGAUAAAAAUGUUGAGAGAAUUGCCUUGAAAACUGAAAUAAAACCUGAAGUUAUACCUUUUCAGCCUGGUGUUCAAGAGGAUUUUGAAGAUAAUGAACAAACUCUGCUUGUUCCACAAAAAUUGUGCAGUAUGCCCUUUACACUACCAACAUUCCAUGGCAAUAAAGAGCCAGUUUGUAAAAAUGUUAUGAAUAUAUCUUUGGAACACAAAGAGAAAAAUGCAGAUGGAAUAUUUACACCUGAAUCUCUAUUUUGCCCUGUUUUCAAUUUGCAGGAAAUACCUGUAAAUAUUAUGGCUGAAUUUUGCACCAACAAACUAAAUUAUACAGGUCUACAAGAAGGUAGUGUAAGUAGACCCAAAUAUAUCAGUCUUCCUCCACGUAACAUUGAGCUGAAUUCUCAGUUAGCAGGGUACAUUUCCAAUAUAAAUAGCCCAUCUAGUUUCUAUAUUCAGCUCGCAGAGGAUGAAAAUGUAAUCAUUCAACUUGCAGAAGAACUAAAUGAAGGAAAAAUAAAUUUAGACCAUGAAAAUUACCUGAAUGAACUUGUGAAAGGGGAUCUUGUUUUAGCAGAAUAUGUAAUUGAUUGUUUCUUAUAUAGAGCAGUUAUUAAAACAGUUAGAUCAGGAAAAUCCUAUGAGGUAGAAUUCAUUGACUAUGGUAAUACAGCAGUUGUGAGUCCCUCAAAAAUCUACAAAAUUCAGGGAAAGUUCUUAACUUUGCCAAGGUUCAGUAUCCAUUGUUUCCUUAGUAGAGUAAAAAGUACUCAUCCUGAUGGAAGCUGGAGCAGCAAUGAUAUGUUCUACUUUUCUGGAAAAGUAAAUAAUAAACAAAUUACUUGUGUAUUUUUGCAACAACAUGAACAACAGUGGGAGGUAGAUAUAAUUUGUGAUGGAAAGUCUGUGGUUAAUGAGUUAAUGCAGAGACAUGACAGCUCAGGAUUACAGAACACACCAGUGCUAAAUAUGGAAACUAAUACAGAACAAGACAUUCCAGUCACAAAUGCAGAUCCUGAAGAUGAGGAACUAAGGAAGAACUCUAGAGUUCAUAACAAAUGCGAGGCUGUUGAGACUAGAAACACCUCUGAAAUUCUCUCUAAAAUCCCUAACCAAGAGCUAAAUCCUGGACAACUAGAAAUGGCAGAAAUAAUUCAUAUUUCAAAAUGUAGAAAUUUCCAUGUAAAAUUAAUGAGAAAUACGCAAACAUUUUCGGAUUUAAAUAUAAUGGUUGCCAAAGAAGCAAAGAGAAACCGUUUGAUUGCAGUAGAAAAUAUUCAAGAAGGAUUGGAAUGCUUGACAAAAUCUAAAAAUACCUUGAAGUGGUACCGAUCAGAAGUGAUGAAGCUUAUUAGUGAGGAGAAAAUGUUAGUUUUCUUCAUGGAUCGUGGUAGAUGUGAAAUGGUAUCCGUGCGUAAUACAAAAAUGCUCAGUAAUGAGAUCAAGUGCAUUCCUAAACAAGCCAUAUUGUGUAAAUGGAUUUGGAUUAAAAAUUCAGGUAAAAUGUCAUGUGACUGUGUGAUAAAUAAAAUUGCAUAUCGUGAAAUAAAGCUCCUGUUUCUGAGAUACUUGGAAUCUUCUUGUAUCUGGGAAGUAGAUAUCUUAGUAGAUGGGAUUCUACUUUUGGAAUAUUUGAAUCAGAUCUCUGGGCAAGGCAAGAUCAACAAACCUAAUUGUACAGAAAGUGCAAAUAACAUGGCUUCUAAGACAUCUGUACUGUCUUUUAGAAUAAAUUCUGUUACAUGGGCACUGCUCCAAAGUGGUAAUCAAUACCCUGGAUUUGCAACUACAGUUACUGAUCCUUCGAACUUCUGUAUUCAAUUAGAUGACUUAUUUGACACUAUGAAAACCUUGUUUAUGCUACUUUCCGACCUUCCAGGCAAUUUGCCAACUUUGCCACAGGACCUUGUCACUCCUGGUGCAAGUUGUUUGAUCAAGUUUGGGUUGGAAGCACAGUGGAACAGGGUAGAAGUUUCUGAAAUUUCAAAUCAGUUUGUUGUUCUAAUGUUUAUUGAUUAUGGCUUUCCUGCAUAUAUUCCCUACUCAGAUAUUGACAAACUGAAAGUUGUUCCAGAAGAACUUAUUUGUUUACCACGAUUAUCUUACUCUUGUUUCUUAUCUGGUGUGAUUCCUGCUAAAGGGGAACACUGGAGUGAUGAAGCUAAGCUUGUGUUUCAGGAAUUUCUAUGUAAACAAGGCCUGAUUUUCCAGUUUAAGCAGUAUGGUUCUGGAAUGAAACUAGAGGUAGAUGUUCUAUGUGAGCAGAGUAAUCUUGCAGAUACCUUGGUUGCAGCUGGUCAUGCUACCUACUGUAAAAGUACAUGCUGCCUUCUUGGACAUGACAAUACUAAACCAAUUGAAACAUGUUCACAACUUCAAAGUGAAGCACAGCAAUCACGUUUUCUGCAAAUUUCCGAAGCAAAACAUAGCUGUACUGAAAGGAGUUUCUUGGUACGUAAAAAAGAGAGAGCACAGCAGCAAACACCAGAUCUGCAACAUAGAAAUGCCCGUGGUACAGCUUCAAGAAGUAAUUCUGCCACUAAAGCACAUUCUAGAAAACGUCCGAGGAGGAAACCAAGUUCAUAUAGUAAUGGCAAAAAUACUGCAAACGAUGAACUUAAGUGUGACAAAAACUUAUUUAUGCAAUUUUUGGAUGAUAGGAAAUGUAACGCCAUUUCCACAGAAAGUCUUACUGAAAAUCUGCAUCCAGAAGCAAUGAAUGAGACAUGUGACUCUGCUGACAUGAACACCAGAAUGAGGGAAAUGAAGAUUAGUAAAGAGGUGGCAUCAAAAGAAUAUAUGAAUAAUACAGAAGGAUUGGAUAAUGUCAGCCACCUGGGGAAAAUAAAGGAUAUGAAAGCUCAUAACAUCAACUAG